GUGCGCUUGAACGGUAUAAAGACUUGGGGGAUCGCUCUACCUUCUGAGGACUCAACAUCAACAUCUUUAUUCAAGUCUUCCAUUCUACAUCAAGACUCUUACUACAAGCUCAUCCCAACCAGAACAUUCAGUCUCUCGUCACAUCGUCAUCAUGCAGUUCACUCAGAUCCUCUCGCUCCUCUCUCUCGCCGCUGCUUCUCAAGCAAUCACCGUCGCCUAUGACACUGGCUACGACGAUGGCAGCCGAUCUCUCACGGCGGUGGCUUGCUCCGAUGGUGCCAACGGCUUGAUUACCCGGAAAGGUUGGCAAACUCAAGGCGCCAUCCCUAAGUUUCCCUACAUCGGCGCAGCUGAAGCUGUAUCCGGGUAUAACUCCCCUAACUGCGGCACAUGCUGGGCUCUGUCCUACAACGGCAAGACGAUCAACAUUCUGGCUAUCGACCACGCUGCUGCCGGCUUCAACAUUGCCUUGGAUGCUAUGAACGACUUGACGAACGGACAGGCCGUUGCUGUAGGACGGGUGGAGGCUACUGCCGUCCAGGUCGACGCCAGUGUUUGCGGCAUGUAAAGCAGGUCGGGCAACGGGGUUAUGUUAUAUAGCGAAUAUUUAAUGACGAUAAUCAUGACUACUAGUCACACUGCAAACUCACAAAUAUUAACGGGAUAUCCACCAAGACUUGAUUGAAGAGCGAUCGACCAAAGAAGCUUUAGACGGGAAGGAUUAAUUCCCCAGUGGUAUGAUAUCAUGCAAACACAGAAGACAUAUGACAUAUAUCAGCUUGAGCGACCUCCCAAUACAACUUCUUUCGCCCCAAUAUUCUCAAAUUGGUCAUCUUCACCAACGCGUCACUCACUGCCAAG